AUGUCUCCUCCAUCCGCUCAAAUCGUAACCUCUCCUCUCUCAAAUGAUUUACCAAUUAACAUCGUUACGAAUGGAUUAAAAAAUCUCAAUUAUACUUCUAAGCAAGGUUACGGGAAUUUUGAUACGCAUUUCUAUGACGGCCAAGAUGAAGUGUCUCCCUCUGGUUUAUUGAAAAUCCGUAAGUCCUAUCGAGAAAAAUCAAAGUACCCAGAUUAUUUGCCUACCUGGGAUCCCACUGAAAAGUAUGGCCCUUUGGAAUUUCACGAAUACCACGAUCCUGCUUUAAGAGCUGACCCUAACUUUUCGAACCUUUUUGCAAAGGAAAAGAUUGGUCAACUAAAGGUGAAGAAGGUCACACCAAAAUUAGGUCUCGAGAUAAAUGGGAUCCAGCUAACAGAUCUCUCUGAUACUGCAAAAGAUGAACUUGCGUUGCUUGUUGCACAAAAAGGAGUAGUAAUAUUUAGAAACCAGGUCUUUGCUGACGAAGGACCAGAUUAUGUGACUGACUAUGGGAGACAUUUUGGUAAGUUGCACAUUCAUCAAACCAGUGGACAUCCUCAAAACAAUCCUGAACUGCAUAUUACUUUUCGAAGACCUGAUGCAGAUGAAUUUGCAAGAGUUUUCGAUAACUCGAUAUCAUCUGGUGGCUGGCACACAGAUGUUUCUUACGAGUUACAACCGCCUUCAUAUACUUUCUUUAAUGUUAUUGAAGGUCCUGACGGCGGUGGCGAUACAUUGUUCGCGGAUACCAUUGAAGCUUUCAACAGAUUGUCCAAACCUUUGCAAGAUUUCUUGAGCACUCUUCAUGUCAUCCAUAGUUCAAAGGAGCAGGCUGAAAAUUCACAACGCCAGGGAGGCAUACAAAGAAGAGCCCCUGUUACACAUAUCCACCCACUGGUCAGGGUUCACCCUGUCUUGAAAAAGAAAUCCUUGUAUGUCAAUCGUGCAUUCUCAAGGAAAAUAGUCGAGUUGAAAAGACAGGAAUCUGAAUCAUUACUAAAUUUUUUGUAUAAUUUAGUGGAAAGUAGUCAUGAUUUGCAAUUAAGAACCAAAUGGGAACCACGCACAGUUGUGAUUUGGGAUAACCGCAGGGUUCAACAUUCGGCAGUGAUUGAUUGGGAAGAACCAAUUCAUAGACAUGCAUUCAGAAUCACUCCUCAAGCGGAAAGACCUGUGGAAGAUCUAAAAUACUUGAACAAUGAAAAUUAUUAUCCUUCCCCAUUAACUUUGGAUGUUUGA